GACGGCUGAGGUAGGGAGGGGUAAAAAGGGGAGAAGUGAAGCUCAGAGAAUAAAAGUAGAAAUUCCAAGAGGUAGGGGGAUCGCCGGAUCGGAGCAUCAUCGUCGUCGACUGAAUGGAUUCAGAUGAAGAUGAGGGGAUACCACUGAGACAAAGACCGGAAUGGUCCGACAUCACUCCGGUGCCGCAGGACGAUGGUCCUAACCCCGUUGUUCCCAUUGCGUACUCUGAAGAGUUCGCCGAGAUUAUGGAUUACUUUCGAGCUGUAUAUCUCGCCGAUGAGCGAUCACAUCGUGCUCUUCAGCUUACCUCCGAAGCCAUUCACUUCAAUGCUGGAAAUUACACCGUGUGGCAAUUCAGAAGAGUAGUACUCGAGACUCUCAAUGCUGAUUUGCAUGAUGAAUUAGAAUUCGUUGAGCAUCUUGCUAGCAAGAACUCAAAAAACUACCAACUAUGGCACCAUAGGAGGUGGGUUGCUGAGAAAUUGGGGAGUGAAGCUGCUGGUAGAGAACUUGAGUUCACCAAGAACAUAUUCUUAAACGAUACUAAAAAUUAUCAUGCUUGGUCUCAUAGACAGUGGGUCCUUCAAAAUCUUGGAGGCUGGGAAGAUGAACUUGCUUACUGUGAUAAACUACUUGAAGAUGAUAUUUUCAACAAUUCUGCUUGGAAUCAGAGAUACUUUGUUAUAACAAGACACCCGGGAUUAGGAGGCAUAGAGGGAAUAAGAGAUUCCGAGGUUAAUUACACCAUAAAAGCCAUUAUCACAAAACCAGAGAACGAAAGCCCAUGGAGAUACCUUCGUGGCCUCUACAGAAACAACAUGAAGGCAUUUAUAACAGAUUCCAAUGUCUCAACGGUUUGUCUCAAAGUGUUGACUUCCAAAGUCAACUGCGUGUUUGCUCUUAGCCUUUUCUUGGAUCUCCUUGUCCAUGGUUUUGAACCUACCCAAGACCUGAGAAUUGCUCUGGAAUCUCUAAUUCCGGAGUCGAACAAUUUUGAUUCCGGUGUGGCAGCCGGGGUUUGUUCGGUUUUGGAAAUGAUGGAUCCGAUGAGAGUGAAUUAUUGGAGGUGGAGAAAGACUAGUCUUUCUUCUCAUGUUGAAGAGGGAGUUAAAAACCUCAGUGUUCAUUAAGCCAAACUUUUUAUACUGGACAUGACUGUAUUUAACAUGCGUUGGACUGGGACUGAGACGGAAUUUACAGUACUUGCUCUUGAUAUCUUGUUUGUUUGUGUAAAAGAUGUGAACGUCCUUCUCAUCUGUAAUGUCAGCUUUUAUCACCAUUUGAAUGGUUUUAAGUUUAUGGGGUAAACAUUUUGUUGUUUGGUAAUGUAAAGUAUUUUAGUAUUUA